AUGCAAGGAAAAACAGGGAAGUUCCUGCUGCUCAUCUGUUCUACCAGCGUGACGUUUCUGGCUCUCCAGUGUUUCAUGCAGAUCACUUUUGCCUACGUGCCUCAGUAUGAGAACGAAUAUUGGGAGAAUAUUCUCUACCAUCUGGGCAUUGUACGGUUCAGUUUGGUGGAUGCAGGGAACAUUGUGCGUCUCUUAGCCCCUGAUCUGGGGCUCUUCCUGUCAGAGCUCUUCAUACUGCGCUUGAUCAGGAAGCUGCUGCGCCCCAUGCCCCAACUUAACCAGAACUGUAUCGCACCCUCUGACCCUGAGUGCUCUUUUGACAAGCAGGAUGUGGAGAUGUCCGACUCAGAGUCUGAGGUUGGCAGUGAAGUCACAGACGGCUCGUCUUAUGACAGCUCAGAUGAAAGCAUAGCGGUGCCGGCAGACCUUCCUCAGUUUGUCCAGAAGUUCAUUGCAUUUUCCCUUGGACUGCGCCUCUUGCUGUCCGCCAUCAUGAACACAGCAGGGAAAGUAGUGGUCACCAUACUACUAGGGCUGGCAGGCAUUGCUCUGCCCUCCCUGACCUCAGUGGUGUAUUUCGGGACGUUCCUGGGCCUGGUGUGGUGGUGGGUUUUUCUCCACUCCGUCAGCUUGCUGCUCUUCGGUACCCUCUGUGUGAUGAUGGCUAUAUUCAGCGCCGGUCACCUGUUGAGCCUCUACCUGUACCAGCUGCCCCUGGCCCAACAGAUCAUACCCCCACAGGACAUCUACGCCAGGCUGUUUGGUAUAACAGCGGUCAUCCAAACCAAUGAGACUGAGCCAUACAGUCUGGGUCUGCAGCCAGACAUCAGCUGGCCUGUCUUCACCAACCCCAUGGUGCUGCUGCUCCUUUAUUACACACUGGUGGCUCUGCUGCACAAGUGGGUCAACCUCACUGAGGAGGAGGAGGAUACUCUGGAGAAGUCUGAGAGUCCAGUAGAAGCUCUUGAGGAUCCCCCCAGCUUCUCCAAGAUCUUAUUCAUCUCAGGAGACAGAUUGGAGCUACUGACCAAGUCAGAGGAGUUGGAAGAGAUGAGUGAGGAAGAGAAGAAGAGGAGUGAGGUGUCUAUGAGUGAUACAGAGACUGUUCUCACCCCUCCUGGCCCCAGUGGACUGGUUGUGUUUGGCUUGUUCAUCAUGAAGCACAGCUACGUCAGCGCACUCAUCAUCAUGAUGGUGUGGAGCAUCACCUAUAACAGCUGGCUGACGUUUGCCCUGCUGGUGUGGUCGUGUCUGAUCUGGAUAAUGCGUGACCGUCGGCGCUACGCCAUGAUGAGUGCACCCUUCCUGGCAGUGUACGGCACCGUGCUGCUACUGCUUGCCUUCCUGAGCAGUCUGAGGCUGCGGCGGGAUGAGCUUUACCCUGACCUAGCCCACGCCGUGCUGGUAGACUUUGACAUGGCCAGUUACCCAGCACCCUGCGUCCACCUGGGAGCCAAGGUGUUCUACGCCUUCAGCUUCUUGCUUCUGUUCCGUCAACAACUGAAGGAGAAACAGGAAGAGCAGGAUCUGAAGGAGUCAGAAGAGUCUCUGGAUGAAGUCAAAGUGCUACCACCGGAUGAAGGUGAUACCUCCCUCAUAAUGGAGAUGCUAGGUUCAGUGGUCAAGGGAACCCUGGUGAAGUACUGGAUCCUGUUCUGCUGCUCCAUGUUCUUUGUGGUCAGCUUCUCCGGGAAGGUGAUGGUCUACAAGAUCCUCUACAUUGUGCUGUUCCUCUUCUGUGUCGUCCUCUAUCAGAUCCGUUAUGACGUGUGGAGGCGAGUGCUAAAGUACUUCUGGGCGGUGGUGGUGGGCUACUCCAUGGUUGUCCUGAUAGCCAUCUACAUGUACCAGUUUAAGACAGUGUCUGGCCUGUUCAGACAGAUCAUGGGCAUGUCUGAGGAAGGUCUGCGUGAUCUGGGGUUGGAGCAGUACGACACUGUGGAGCUGUUUGCUCGGAUCCUCCUCCCUGCAGCCUUCCUAUUGGCCUGCAUCCUGCAGCUGCACUAUUUCAACCAGGACUUCCUGGAGCUCACCAACCUGGACAACAUACCUGUCCGCCAGGGACAAUCCAGAGAGGAAGAGCUGAGAAAAUCAGUCAAUGUGAUAGCUGACAUGAUGGUGAAGGAGCAGAGUAAGCAGAUGAGUGGGGAGUCAGGACGUGUGGGGAGUCAGCACACGUUGGACAGUGAUGGACUGUCUGCCUCAUCAGAGAAGAAAUCUGAGAAGGACCGGGAGGGAACAGGCGCCCCAGAGGAGAGUCUGACCCAAUGGGGGUUGAUGGUGGACCGGGCCGGCCUGCUGCUGCUCCAGGCUCUGGCUGUCUUCCAGCGGGCUCAAGAGAUAAGUUGGAGGCUGCUGGAGCUCCACAGCCUCAAGAUCGUCUCUACCGGCAUUAUCUGGGUGUCCUUGCAAGAGGUGUCUCUGAUGAACUUCCUGUUUCUGGUACUGUGGGCCUUUGCCCUGCCCUUCCCCCGGCUCCACCCCAUCGCCUCCAGUGUGUCCUCAGUCUGGGCCUGUGUCAUGGUGGUGUGUAAGAUGCUGUACCAGCUCAAGGUCAUCAAACCUCUGGAGUACUCCUCCAACUGUACCACUAGCCUGGUGUCAGUUAAUGGGACAGGGCUGGAGCUGGAGGGGAACAUGGCAGAGCUGCUGAGGAGGUCUGUGCUUUAUGUGAAGCCUGUUGACCCAGCCAUAUGGUGUGGAGAGCUGCGCAAGUGUGAAGACAGGAUCCUGCCCUGUCUCAGGAACCACCUGAUGGUGCUGGGGCUGCUGGUGUUUGAGGUGACGGUCCAUAGACAUCAGCUCUACUAUCGCCUCCACAAUGACCUCAAGGUCCCCACCUUCACCAUCAUCUUCCAAGGCAUCACACGCCAGCACCUGGACCAAGGUAUCCUGCCCUGCAUCAAGUACUUCAUCAACUACUUCUUCUACAAGUUUGGCCUGGAGGUGUGCUUUGUGGUGGCGGUGAAUGUGAUUGGCCAACGGAUGGAUUUCUACGCGCUGCUGCACUCCUGUGCUCUGAUGGCUGUUCUGUCACGACGACGCAGGAAGGCCAUAGGGGAGAUGUGGCCUAAGUACUGCUGCUUCACUGCAGGACUCAUGGUGCUGCAGUACCUGCUCUGUAUCGGCAUCCCUCCCGCUCUCUGUGUCGAUUAUCCAUGGAGGACCUCCAGUCAGGCCCUGACCUCCAACCUCAUCAAGUGGCUUUAUCUGCCUGACUUCGCCAUGCGUCCUGCCCCUUACUUCAUUUUCUACGACCACCUCCUGCUCAUGUGCUCAUCGCUGCAGUGGAAGGUGUUUGAGGAGGAGAACCGUGCCGCGGUGCGCCUUAUGGGGGGGGAGAACGUGGAGAUCAGCCGCAGCUUGGACCCACGCUCCUUCAACCAGUACAUCCCCGUCAACAACUUCCUCCACUGCAGGUCCUACCUGGACAUGGUCAAGGUGUUUGUGUUCAGUUACUUCUUCUGGCUGGUGCUGUGCCUCAUCUUCAUCACAGGCACCACCCGCAUUAACAUCUUCUGCCUGGGUUACCUGCUAGCCUGCUUCUACUUCAUGCUGUUCGGGGGCAGCCUGCUCAUGCAGCCUGUACGAUACAUCCUCAGGCUCUGGGACUGGCUCAUCGGAUACACCUGUUUUGUCAUUGGCAUGAAGAACCUGAUAUCUCUUGGCUCAUGUGCUUAUUUGGACAGCCUGUUGAAGAAUGGUUGCUGGCUCAUUCAGGCCUUCAGCAUGGUCUGUACAAUCACAGGCUAUGAUCUCCCUGCUCCUGAUGAUGAGUGUGAGCUGCCGGAGGGGGAGGCGGGCAUCGUGUGGGAUGCGAUCUGCUUCACCGUGCUCCUGGCUCAGAGGAGGGUUUUCCUCAGCUACUACUUCCUGUAUGUGGUGUCUGACCUCAAGGCCUCCAAGAUCCUGGCCUCCAGGGGUGCUGAGCUCUUUGAAGCCAAAGUGAAGAAACUGGUUGCUGCAAGACUGGAGAUGGAGAAGAAGUCUGUGGAGACGCUGAAGAAGCAGAUGGAGAAGAUCAAAUCCAAACAGAAGAGUAAGCCUGGCCAAGGCGACGUACCAGCGCCCCCUACUGAUACAGUGCGAAACGGUGAAAUUGAGAAGGCAGAGAAUGAUCAGGAGAAACGGUGGAAACCAUGGGUCUCACGGCCUGGUGUUGAGAACAACUGUGGCUACCAUCUAUUUGAGAGUGACAGUGAAGAGGAAGAGGAGGAAGUCCAGGAAAAGAAAGAGGAAGAGACACUAACAAAGAAGAAAUCUGCUUUUCAGUUAGCUUAUGAGGCAUGGGUCACAAGCUCCAAAGCAGCCCUAAAUUUGCACAAAAAAGAAGAGUCAAAGAUGAAAAAAGAGGAGAAGAGGAGGGCAAAGAGACAGCUGCAGAGACAGCAAGAAAAUAUAUUUCAGAGGAUUAUCGACUCGCUCAAGUUUUUAUGGGUGUUUAUCCUGUCCCUUCUGGAUGACCUCACUGAGGGCCUGAACUCCUUCUGCAAAGAUGGUCUGGACAUCUCCAAAGUGCUACGUUUUGAAAGGGCUCUUCUCGGCCAGCAACAGAAGAAGGGGAAAGAGGUGUCACAGGAGAGUGUGAAGCGCUUCUAUGAGAACUGGAUGUCCAGACAGAACACCCUGGCCUCCCUGGAAGACCAGGAAGACAUAGUUCCCCCUGUCUCCUCCCCUCCACCUGUACCGUCAUCAGCGAGAGGUUACUCCAAGCUGAAACACACCCACUCCAAAAUCUCCUGGGGUAGCAGCUUGUCCAGCUGCAUGACGGAUGAGACCCUGCUGGGGUCUCGUCAGCCCACACUGGAUGAGCUGGAUGACCCUCCUAUACUCCAAACCGCUGCCGACCAACUCAGACGGAAACUACUGAAAACUUCCAACCUGGACAUUGACUCAUUUGACACUGAAGACCCUCCACUAAGCCAUGAUGAUACUGUUCCCAAUAAGGAGGACAGUAAAGAAGGAGAGGAUGCAUAUGAAGAAGAGGAGGGGGAAUAUAAAGUGGAGGAGGAGUAUAGAAUGGAGAAGGAGGAAUGGAGGGAGGAAGAAGAGGAGGAGAGGGAAAAAGCUGUGAUGCUUUCAGGAUCCAUCUCCCUGGACUAUCUGGAGUGUGAUGAGAAUAGCGAAGAUUUCCCAGACUCCUCCAGGCCUCUUAGUGAGACCAGGAACCUCACGGCCAGCGAGCUACUGCUCAACAAUAUGUUUGGUAACGAUGAAAUUGAAGAGUCUGAUCAGUUCUUCCAGUCUCUCCCGAGACACCUGAGACUAGUGUUUGCCCUGUACAACACCAUGGUGUCUAAGUCAGAGAUGCUGUGCUACUUUGUGAUCAUCCUGAACCACAUGGUGUCGGCCUCGCUGCUCAGUCUGAUCCUGCCCAUCCUUAUCUUCCUCUGGGCCAUGCUGUCUGUGCCACGCCCAACCAAGCGCUUCUGGAUGGCUGCCAUCAUCUACACAGAGCUGAUUGUGGUGGUCAAGUAUUUUUUCCAGUUUGGCUUUUUCCCCUGGACCACCUCGGCCUACCGAGGCAUCAAUGCGGACCGGCCCUUUGCUCUGCCCAACAUCAUUGGGGUGGAGAAGAAAGAUGGCUAUGUUCUCUUUGACUUAAUACAACUCCUGGCUCUGUUCUUCCAUCGCUCCAUUCUAAAGUGUCACGGUCUUUGGGAUAACAAAGAGGUUGAGAUGCCGGACUUCUUCAAGAAGUUAAAGAAGAAGACUGAGAAGAAGAAGAUGAGUGGAGGAGACAAAGCAGGGGAUCAGCCGAAGCUAAGACUGCCCUUCCUUCCUCUACAGGCCUCAACUGCAUCCUUGUUUCGCAGACGGGGAAAAGCCAACUCCACUGAGACAAACGAUGAUAUGCAGCUCAAAAAGCGCCACUCGAAGAAGAGGCACCACAAUAAAGUUCCCCUGACCAGGAAGGAAAGGAUCAAGAAGCUGAUCAGAGAAAGGAUGCUCGAGGCUAAAGCUGCUAUCAUAGAAGUUGCCCUGCACAUAUACCUACCUAUCAGGCAGUUCUUCUAUGACAUCAUUCACCCAGAGUACAGCCCAGUGUGUGACGUCUACGCUCUCAUGUUUCUGAUUGACGUGGUCAACUUCAUUGUCAUCAUAUUUGGAUACUGGGCUUUUGGGAAACACAGUGCUGCUGCUGACAUCACAGAUGCUAUUGGGGAGGACCAGGUCCCAUCGGCCUUCCUGGUCAUGCUGCUUAUCCAGUUUGGGACCAUGAUAGUGGACCGCGCUCUCUAUCUCCGCAAAACCCUCGUGGGAAAAUGUAUCUUCCAAGUGGUGCUGGUGUUUGGUAUCCACUUCUGGAUGUUUUUCAUACUCCCUGGGGUGACUGAGAGGAGGUUCAACAUGAACCAGGUGGCACAGUUGUGGUACUUUGUGAAGUGCAUCUACUUUGGCCUCUCAGCCUACCAGAUCAAGUGUGGCUACCCAAAUCGUGUGCUGGGAAACUUCCUGACCAAGAACUAUAACUACCUCAACCUAUUCCUCUUUCAAGGGUUCCGCCUGGUUCCGUUCCUCAUAGAGCUGCGUGCCGUGAUGGACUGGGUCUGGACCGACACCACCCUCAGCCUGGGCAGCUGGAUCUGUGUCGAGGACAUUUAUGCCAACAUUUUCAUACUCAAGUGCUGGAGGGAGUCGGAGAAGAAAUACCCACACACCCCAGGGCAGAAGAAGAAAAUGGUGGUGAAGUAUGGAAUGGGCGGCUUCAUCAUAUUCUUCCUCAUCAGCGUAAUUUGGUUCCCCCUCCUCUUCAUGUCAUUGGUCAAGUCAGUGGCUGGGGUUACCAAUCAGCCUCUAGAUGUCUCCAUUCAGCUCAGCAUAGCAGGAUAUGAGCCACUGUUCACAAUGAGUGCCCAGGAGCAGAACCUGAUGCCAUACUCAGAGGCAGGCCUCAACCGGCUCACCAACCUCUAUGCCACUCACCCGUCAGCCAUGCAGUUCCUUGUAAACUACAUGGCCGAGGACAUUGUCAUUGCAAAGAUCAAGAGUGAUGCCAGUCUACUGUGGAGCAUCAGCCCUGCCAGCCGUGAUGCUAUGAUCCAUGAACUCAGCAACUCCACCCACAUCUACAUCACCCUGCGAUGGGUACUACUCAGGAAUGUGUCUCUGUCGAUGAACGUGGAGACCGUGGGGGAACACACUGUCAAGUAUGAGGACAGGGCCUUGAGGGACCAGAUAGUUCAGAUGCUCAAAGGGACACGCAGUGACUCUCUGGUCAUUGAGUCUCUCCUGCCCAAGUUCAUCAGAGGUCCCGGAGGACUGGAGUCCAAGAUGGCCACCCGUCUGGAAGUAGAACAUUCAGAUAGGCCUGAGGACCUGCAGAUGUUGGCCUUCUACCGGCCCCUGUCCAUCAAACUACAGUGGGCAGAAGACAGUGGAAGUGCAGAGGGGGGUCAGUGGUGGAUGGUGGAGGAAUGCACUCCUGGACAAGGGCACAUCCAGAGCAGCUGUCACAGCAUUGAGAUAGUGGUGUUCAACGACAAAGUCAGCCCAUCCAGCCUGGGUGCUCUAGCAGGACAGGGAAUCGUGGGCCUGUACAUGUCUGUGGUGCUGGUCGUUGGAAAGUUUGUCAGGGAAUUCUUCAACGGGAUAUCCCGCUCCAUCAUGUUUGAGGAGCUGCCGUGUGUGGAUCGGGUGUUGAAGCUCUGCACGGACAUCUUUGUUGUGCGAGAGACUGGUGAGAUGGAGCUGGAGGAAACACUUUUUGAGAAGCUCAUUUUCCUGUAUCGCUCGCCGGAGACCAUGAUCAAGAUGACCAGAGAGAAGAGAGACUAGAGAGCACAAUGACAUUUUCGUUAUGAAAAGGACGAUUUGUUUGUUUGUAUUCCUACUGUACAAUGCAUGCAUUUUGAAUCACUGACUACUUUUAAAUGAUUCAAAUUUUUACAAAGGAAGACCGUAUGCCAUAAUCAUAGAAAUGUGCUCCAAGUGUGAAAGUAUUUAAUUGAAGUUGAGAUGCAACACUCUGCAGUUUUAGAUACAAAUGGCUUGUAUAGAGCUUACAGAUGCACGUCUGCUCUACAGAAUGUAUUUAUCUCAACAUUCUGCAACUUUACACAUCCCACUGAACACGACCCUGUUUCAUUGCACUGAAAAGCUCAUCUAGAAGUACUCACUCUCAUUUCACACUGUACUCCAAGUCUAUGUACAGUAUUUAAUUAAAUGAAUAAAAUACAAUUCAGAGAUUAUAUCCUACUUAUACAUAAGACUCCUGAAGUGUUAACUUAUGAAGAUCCACUCACAGUCCAUGUUGCCAGGUAAAGUACAGUGCUUUGCAAAAGUAUUCAUCCUCCUUGGCAUUUUUCCUAUUUUAUUGCAUUACAAACUGUAAUUUAAAUUGAUUUUUAUUUGGAUUUCAUGUAAUGGACAUACACAAAAUAGUCCAAAUUGGUGAAG